AUGCAGCAUGACCAAGAAUUCAGUCGACUGUCACAAGAGCAUAUUGAAAGAGACAUGUUGAAUGCACUAGCUGAAGGCACUAUCAAGGAUAUUUUCAUGGGAAAGACAAAGAGCUACAUUAGAUGCAUGAAUGUGGAUUGUGAAUCCUCAAGAAGCGAGGAAUUCUACGAUAUUCAGCUAAACGUCAAGGGAUGUCGAAAUUUAAAAGAGUCGUUUGAGGAAUAUAUUCGAGAGGAAAUAUUGGAGAAAGAGAACAAAUACAUGGCAGAAGGACAAGGCUUACAGGAUGCAAAAAAGGGUGUGAUAUUUGAGGCAUUUCCACCUGUAUUGCAGAUACAACGGAAGAGAUUCGAUUACGACAUGAACAAAAAUGCUAUGGUCAAGGUCAAUGAUCGCUAUGAGUUUCCUGCCGAAAUUGAUUUGCAACCAUACCACAUCUCUAAAAAAAAGAGCAAUCUGGGUCGCAGCAAAUUUCUUCUUUUAGAUAUGUACUGCACAGGACUUCAAAUAAGGACAACACAGCAACAUACAGCAGCCAUGGCUAACAAGAAUCAUAUCAAAUUUAGGUUCGAGUUCAAUGACGAGAGAGUCACUCCAGCAACCUUGGAUGAAGUAUUUGAGGCGAACUUUGGAGGGCAAUCUGCACAUGAAAGCACGUCCAAGGUCAAGAGGGAAACCAAUGCUUAUAUGCUUGUCUAUAUCCGGGAUUCCAGUCAAGAUCAAGUCCUUGCACCAGUUACCAUAGACGACAUUCCUCAUCAUUUACUAGAGCGCAUUGCAAAGGAAAAGAAGAUGGCGGAGGCGAUUAAAAAACAGAGAGUAAGCCAGCACUUGUACAUGACAGUCUAUGUUGUUACCGAUGAUGGGUUCUUGAUGAACAGAGGCGUUGGUUUUACUGAUCCUCUAGCCCAAAACGAAGAUGUUCAAUACCAGGACACCCGACUGCUUCGCAACAUGUCAGUUGGCGACUUUUUACAGCAAUACACAGCAGCGAGCAAUAGAAACAUGAAUGACACAAGAGUGUAUAUUAUUGCUUGUCAAUUCCAAACCGCAAAAGGUGUAUUUAGACCCGUCCACUUGGUGCCAAGAGAGUAUUACGAUAGUUAUCAAGCUUUGCAAGAACUCUGUAGUAAAGAAGACUCUUCAUGUACACGACUUUAUAUAGAACAUUGGCCCAUCCAAGAAGCUCCCACCGAUCCCAAUGAUAUUCUUUUGUUUGCCAAAUACUAUGACCCGGUGACACAAACAUUGAGGGGCGUUGGAAAACUGCAUGUAUCUGAAGGUACUCUUCUCCACACGAUUGAAAAAAAUUUGAGUGGUAUGGUUGGGCUGGAACGAGGAGUGCAAUUAGACAUGUACCAGUUGCAAUACUGGAAAGAAAAUGACAUGUACGAACUGAAUGAACUGGCCCACUCUUCUUCGUGUCGAGAUAGCAAUUUCAUCAAUGGUAGCAUUAUAUGCUUCCAAAGACAUCUGACGCAUUGGGGAGCUCAAGAUCUGUUUAGAGCUGGUAAAUGCCCUGAUGAAAUCUCCUACUAUCAGAUGCUACUCGCAGAAGUCAAUGUUUACUUUAUGAGAAGCGGCUCUGUAUAUCAUCAAGCAUACGACAUACCAUUCAAAUUGGCCUUGAACAUCAACAUGCCUAUUUCAGAAGCGACUAUCGCGGUGGCUCGUCAUCUGCAGCAAGAUUCUGAUCACAUACAGCUACUGUACUCGACUGACUAUGCAAAUCCUCUGUUGAAAGGCAUUUGUCGCGGCUGGGAAUUACGAGAUGCUUUACAAAUGUGCCCAAACUAUAAUUCAUACGAGAAUGAAAAAGACGUACUCUACCUGAAGAAGAUAAAGUGGACUCUGUAUUACGAUGUACUCCCUAUGAGCUUAGCUGAUGCUCGAGGCAAGAAGAUGUAUCGAAUCAAUGUUUGCAACACAUUCAAUCAGCCACAAACAAAAGUACUCCUACUUUCCAAAAAUGCCCUUGUUUCUGAAAUGUGCCAUCUCAUCAGCCCUCGUAAAAAGGUACGUGAAUUCAAAGUGAAAGAUGGAUUGAUCGCAGAGGUCGUUGGCAAGCUAUGCACUGUGAGCCAUUGGCUGAGAUCAGAUGCUGAUAAUGUGUAUGCGGAGAUAACCCCAAAAGAGGAAUGCAAUAUUAGUCAAGAGGAAUUCUAUAUCACAGUGUACCAUUAUGAAAAGACCUUGACACAAACACAUUCUAUUCCCUUCAAAUUUCUUAUAAUUAAGGACGAGCCAUUUAACCAAACCAAGAGACGCUUGCAAGAAAGAACUGGAUUGAAUGGCGAGCAGUGGUCUCAAGUCAAGUUUACGACGGCAGUUUCCAGCCACAUAAAACACCAGAAGAAGACCUAUGAUCCAACCAUCGAAGAUUCGUAUCGUAAACAGGUGGUCAUUGACGACUAUCCAUGCGUGCUCGAGGUUUUAGAUACAGCUGGUCAAGAGGAAUACACAGCAUUGCGUGACCAGUGGAUUCGAGACGGCGAGGGAUUUCUUAUUGUCUACUCCAUCACAUCUCGCUCAACAUACGACCGAGUCAAUAAAUUCAGAGAUCAAAUAUUUCGAGUCAAGGAUCUCACCAAAGUACCGCUUAUUCUUGUGGGAAACAAAUGCGAUAAAGUUACAGACAGAGAGGUUACCAGAGAGGAGGGAGCGAUAAAAGCUCGCACGCUCAACUGCGAUUUCGUCGAGACAUCAGCAAAGACAUGUGUCAAUGUUGAGAGAUCAUUCUACUCUGUUGUUCGUUUAAUUCGACAUGCUCGCGAAGGAUUCCAAGAUGGAUCGCAGAAGAACAAGAAGAACAAAAAGGAUAAAAAGUGCAAUAUCCUUUAA